AACAAAGCAAUCAGCCUCUCGCCACGGGGAAAGUAUUAGAUUUCUCCACUUAGGCUGUGUGUAGUCAUUGUCUAAUAAUAUGACCAUUUUGCUAUCCCUCCGCAAAUAAGGCUGGGGCUGCUGCCUGAUUGGUAUAUCAGCUCACUUUCUCUCAGCAUUGAUUUUCUUGCUCUCCUUAUUUGCUUCAUAAAAAGAGAGGCAAGGAGCUGGUGCUCGCUCCCUCCCUCCCUCCCUCUCUCUCUCCCUCUCCACUGCGAGAAGCUUUUGGGAGCCUUUAUUUUUAGUAUGAGACAAACCUUGCUUUAUUUCAGGAGACGCAAGUUGGAUUAUAAAUCCUUUUGUAAAUGUGUAUGGUGAUAUUUGCUCCGCUUUUUGCAAUCUUUGCAUUUGCAACAUGCGGUGGGUACUCUGGAGGACUGCGCCUCAGUGUGGACUGUGCAAACAAGUCAGAGAGUGACCUCAACAUUGACAUAGCCUUCGCCUACCCGUUCAGGUUGCAUCAAGUGAAUUUUGAUGCUCCCACUUGUGAAGGGAAGCGCCGAGAAAAGCUCUCCUUGAUAGGGGACUUCUCCUCAUCCGCGGAGUUCUUUGUCACCAUUGCGGUCUUCGCCUUCCUCUACUCGCUGGCUGCCACCGUGGUUUACAUCUUCUUCCAGAACAAGUACCGUGAAAACAACAGGGGACCUCUAAUUGAUUUCAUUGUGACAGUGGUCUUCUCAUUCUUGUGGCUAGUGGGUUCAUCUGCUUGGGCUAAAGGACUGUCAGAUGUAAAGAUUGCGACCGACCCAGACGAGGUGCUAUUACUGAUGUCAGCCUGCAAACAGCAGUCCAACAAAUGCUUGCCUGUUCGCAGUCCCGUUAUGUCGAGCCUGAACACUUCGGUUGUCUUUGGAUUCUUGAACUUUAUCCUGUGGGCAGGCAACAUUUGGUUUGUGUUUAAGGAGACGGGCUGGCAUUCCUCGGGCCAGCGGCACCCUCCGGACACCAUGGAGAAGCAGUCCAGCAGCUACAACCAGGGUGGCUACAACCAAGACAGCUACGGGCCGGCCGGGGGCUACAACCAGCCGGGCUCCUACGGGCAGGUGGGUGACUACGGCCAGCCCCAGAGCUACGGGCAGAGUGGGCCAACCUCCUUUGCUAAUCAAAUCUAAGGUUUCACGCAGCACAAGCUCUUACAUCCCUCACACACAGAGCGUUUAACAGGUCUUGAGUUUCAGUGGCACCAGGUUUUUAAGGGUUUCACACAAAUUAAUACUACAACGCAGUGUUCAAUGUCAAUCGAAGAUCUUGCCCUACCUUCUGAGGUGGAUGGGAGGUGGCCCGUGGCUGGGGCUGGCAUUUUUAGCCCCUGACUAAUGUCAGGAUGUGCACAUUGCAGGUGAUGACCUGGAGUCUGUGCUGUAGUAUGUUCUGUAGAGAUAACUUUAUGGUAGUUUUGUAUGUGUUGAGAUGGUAGAAGCAUUUUGUAGCCUCAAGUCCGUAGUAUUUAAUAUGCAUAAUAUAACUGAAUUUCCUUCUGCAUUUUGGUGACAAACAGAAGUGUUUUACUGUUAUUUCUACUGAUUAUUCUGUAUAUCCAUGCAUGUAACAUUUUCAAAACUGCCUGUCUGUGACUCUUCAGAGCAUUUGUUUUGAUUAUAUCUUCCGUUUCAUAAGAUUUUACUAUUAUUUCAAUUAACCGUGUCAUCUGUAAUUUAGUGCAUGGAUAAGCAGUUUCAUACUACCAAAUGUAUGGACUGUGAAAAUGGAACUUCUCAACUUCUGCCACUACACUUUGUUAAAUGUCCGUUUAAAAGAAGUAUGCAUCUUUUAUAUAUUUUGCAGAGUUGAAUAUAUGGCUUACCCAAGUUCUGAAUGCUUUGUAACAAAAAUGUUUUUCCUUGAAAUGGCAUUCAGUAGUAUAUAUGGUACCUAGCCAAUGUUUAUUCCAUUUAACUGAGCUAAGUAUUCAUUCUAUAAAUCACUAUUUCUAUGGAUGUUUUGUGAAUCUUUUAAUGUGAGCUGUGGAGAAUAAGGACCAAGUAACUGUGUUAUAUGUUUACAAAGGUAUUUAUUUAACUAAAUAAAAGAGGUGCAGAUAUCAGUAUAAAAAACCACCUGAAGAUGCCCUGUUGCUCAGUACAGCAAAACAUGAAAAAUGCGUGUACUGUUGUGACCUCACAAAGCAUAAAUAUUCCUCUCUACCCUCUUCUUGUAAGACAGUCUAUCUGUGCUGUUCAGAGAUUGUUAGAUAUCCCUCUGUUCUGUUGCUGCUUUGAGCGCUAGCUUGGUGCUACUGGAGAAUGUAACUGGAUUGACCAAAUAUCCCAAGUUCAGAGGAACUCACCCUAAAAUAGCCAGAGCCAGGUUCGUAGCCUGUUUGGAUUUUUCCCUGGAAAAUUCAUCCCUUCCUCACUACGGCAUAUGGGACGCAUUGACAGAAAUUAAAGCCUGAAGCACAAUAUACUAAUCCAAACUGAUCAUCUGCAUUUCUAAAUAAAAGUGUAUCAGUAUAUAAUCUUAUUGUAUGAGCUGUAAUGUUGAAAGCAUAUUAGCUUAAAACAGCUUAGUUUCUUCUAUGAUUGUUGUAACCAGUUUAUGGCUACUCGGUGGAUGAAUCUAUAUUGUGAUAUCUAUUUGACCCUAAUAAAGUUAUUGCAUACAAUGCACGUUUUCAGAGUAUGAUAAUAUUAAAAUGUCACUGCAAAAUAGCUAAAAAGAUGGAUAGAAUAUUAUCUCUGUGCUGGACCUUAUUGGUCAUAUUCUCACUGUUUUCCAACACCUUUAUGAGGUUUGUUUUAAUGUUCAGUGGAGUGCAACACUUCUACAGAUACUUGUCAUUAAAGGUCACUAUCACAAGUUUGAACAAAGAUUAAACUGUGCAAUUUAA